AUGUACAGCCAAGUUGAACACCCUGCUGGAGGGUACAAGAAGCUCUUUGAGACUGUGGAAGAGUUGUCCUCUCCAGUAACUGCUCACGUCACAGGUAGGAUUCCCACCUGGCUUAAAGGAAGUCUUCUUAGGUGUGGACCCGGCUUGUUUGAGGUCGGUGCAGAGCCAUUUUAUCAUUUGUUUGAUGGCCAAGCACUCCUUCACAAGUUUGACUUUAAGGAAGGGCAUGUUACAUAUCAUCGAAGGUUUUUUUCAUACUUCAAAGGUGUGGAGGUCACUGAUAACGCCCUGGUUAAUGUCUACCCCAUUGGUGAAGACUACUACGCAUGUACUGAGACCAACUUUAUAACCAGAAUUAACCCAGAAACUUUAGAGACAAUUAAGCAGGUGGAUCUCUGUAAAUAUGUUUCAGUUAACGGAGCGACUGCUCAUCCCCAUGUUGAAAAUGAUGGUACAGUUUAUAACAUUGGCAACUGUUUUGGAAAAAACUUUUCACUUGCCUAUAAUAUAAUACGGAUUCCUCCGCUUCAGGCAGACAAGGAAGACCCAAUAAACAAGUCUGAGGUGGUUGUGCAGUUUCCUUGCAGUGACAGAUUUAAACCCUCUUACGUUCACAGCUUUGGACUGACCGCAAACUACAUAGUGUUUGUUGAAACACCAGUGAAAAUCAACCUGCUCAAGUUCCUUUCCUCCUGGAGCCUUUGGGGAGCCAACUACAUGGACUGCUUCGAGUCUAAUGAAACUAUGGGGGUCUGGGUUCAUGUAGCAGAGAAGAAAAAAGGAAGGCUCCUCAAUAUCAAGUACCGGACUUCUGCCUUUAACCUUUUCCAUCACAUUAACACCUAUGAAGAUAAUGGAUUCCUUAUUGUGGAUCUCUGCACCUGGAAAGGGUUCGAGUUUGUUUACAACUACCUCUAUUUAGCCAAUUUACGAGCAAACUGGGACGAAGUGAAGAGACAGGCAGAAAAAGCCCCUCAGCCUGAGGCCCGCAGAUACGUGCUCCCCUUGAACAUUGACAAGGCUGACAUGGGUAAGAAUUUAGUUACCUUGCCCUAUACAACAGCUACAGCAACUUUGCGCAGCGAUGAGACCAUCUGGCUGGAGCCAGAAGUUAUUUUCUCAGGGCCUCGCCAUGCCUUUGAGUUUCCACAAAUCAAUUAUAAGAAAUAUGGCGGGAAACCAUAUACCUAUUCGUACGGCCUCGGACUGAAUCACUUCGUUCCAGACAGGCUUUGUAAACUAAAUGUUAAAACAAAAGAGACCUGGGUGUGGCAGGAACCAGAUUCAUACCCGUCAGAACCAAUCUUCGUUUCACAUCCUGAUGCCUUGGAGGAAGAUGAUGGGGUUGUGCUGAGCAUAGUCAUCAGCCCCGGCGUGGGGCCGAAGCCUGCCUACCUGCUGAUCCUCAACGCCAAAGACAUGAGUGAAGUCGCCAGGGCUGAAGUGGAGAUGAACAUUCCCGUGACCUUCCAUGGACUUUUCAAGAGAGCGUGACUGCUGCCGGCAACAUGUUGGCUUGCGUUUCUCCUGACUUUGAAAAGGUGG